GACUGAGGGGAGAUUUGAAAGCAGAGGAUGCUCCCACAGGUCAUUCGGAUUCUGUAUGUCUUGUCUUUCUGCUUUUUCCAAGGAGGCUUUAUCAGACUGAGCUCCUGUAAGGAGGAGAUAAAGCCCCCCAGCAGGGCAGGACCACAGCUGUCGCCUUCUGACUUCCUGGACAAGCUCAUGGGGAAAACAUCAGGAUAUGAUGCCCGCAUCAGACCCAACUUCAAAGGUCCACCUGUGAAUGUCACCUGUAAUAUUUUCAUCAACAGCUUUGGGUCCAUCACAGAAACUACAAUGGACUACAGGCUCAAUGUAUUUCUACGGCAAAAAUGGAACGACCCUCGCCUGGCGUACAGCGAAUAUCCAGACGACUCCCUCGAUCUGGAUCCAUCCAUGUUGGACUCGAUUUGGAAACCUGAUUUAUUCUUUGCAAACGAGAAAGGAGCCAAUUUCCACGAGGUCACCACUGACAACAAGCUGCUACGGAUUUUCCAAGAUGGCAGCGUUCUGUAUAGCAUUAGGCUGACUCUUACCCUGUCCUGCCCUAUGGACUUGAAGAAUUUCCCAAUGGACAUUCAGACCUGUACAAUGCAGCUUGAAAGCUUUGGUUACACAAUGAAUGACUUGAUCUUUGAGUGGCUGUCUGACAACCCCGUUCAGGUGGCUGAUGAUCUCACCCUCCCACAGUUUGUGCUCAAAGAGGAGAAGGAUUUGGGCUACUGCACAAAGCAUUACAACACAGGUAAAUUCACCUGCAUCGAGGUGAAGUUCCACCUGGAACGUCAAAUGGGCUACUACUUGAUCCAGAUGUACAUCCCUUCCCUCCUCAUCGUCAUCCUCUCGUGGGUGUCUUUCUGGAUAAACAUGGAUGCUGCACCAGCCAGAGUGGGUCUGGGCAUCACGACUGUACUGACGAUGACGACGCAGAGCUCAGGUUCAAGAGCCUCACUGCCCAAGGUGUCCUAUGUGAAGGCCAUUGACAUUUGGAUGGCGGUGUGCCUUCUGUUUGUGUUUGCUGCCCUGCUGGAGUACGCAGCAGUCAACUUUGUCUCAAGGCAACACAAGGAGUUCAUCAGGCUGAGGAAAAAGCAGCGGCAGCAAAGAAUAGUGUUUGCCAGUCAGCCUGGGAGUGUUGAGUCUUUGCGGAAAGUGAAUGACAUCCCUGGUAACAACUCAACCUACAGGAACCUGAAUCAGCACUGCAGCGCCUGUGCCAGGGAGGAGGAACUGGUGAGGGAGAGCCGUGGAUUUUACUUCCGGGGUUACGGACUGGGUCACUGCCUGCAGAACAAGGAUGGUACCGCUGUGGAGGGGGCCACUGUGUUCACCCCGCCACCUCCUCCCCCUCCGGUCACAAUGUUUGACGGAGAAGUGCUUCACAAGCGCUUUGUGGACCGGGCCAAACGCAUUGACACCAUAUCCAGAGCUGUUUUUCCCUUAAGCUUCCUCAUAUUCAACAUCUUCUACUGGAUCACUUACAAAGUGCUGCGACACGAGGACAUCCAUGCAAAUUUGUAAAAACGCUCUCUGCUGACACCAGUUGCUACUUUUUUUUUUUUCUCAGAACCAAACUGCCUGUCAGACCUACAUUACAACGAGGAAAUGUGUCAAGAGGCGUAUCUGCUUCUUAAAACCAUUGCUAAAAACUCUGUGCUCAGGUGCGUCUGCAGGAUCUCACAGGAGGAGUGAUUAAGUCAAAAGAUGAGGUUAAGCUGCGUGGAUUGUUUUGUGAUUGCCCUGGUUUCUGUCCUGGUUUGAUUCGUGCGGAUUACAACAGAGACAAAACACUGCUUGGGACUCGUGGGUUUGU